AUGGAACUCCCAGUACCAAAGGACAUAGCAGCUCUUCGACGAGCCAUGGGGUUGUUUGCUCACUACGCAAAUCUCAUUCCUAAGUUUUCGGAGAAAAUACAAGCUUUCAGUAAUAAUCAAAGCCUUCCUCUACCACCAGAAUCCAUCCAAGCCUUUCACAAACUGAAAUCAGAUAUAUCAGAAGCAGUCAAGUCGCCAAUCAAUGAUGAAGAACAGUUCACUGUGGAAACAGAUGCCUCUGACCACGCCCUGAGCGCGACUCUAUCUCAGAAGGGAAGACCCGUCGCCUCUUUCUCCAAAAGUUUGACACCAACCGAACGGAAACAUCCCAUAGUAGAAAAAGAAGCUCAAGAAGCCUUAGUCUCAAAGACAUUCACAAUUCACUGUGUCAUCCAGGUGGCACGAGGCUCCAUCACUGGUCGUACAACGCCCUACAACCCCAGAGGAAACGGACAGGCUGAGAGGUAUAACGGCAUCAUAUGGAAGACAGUGAACCUUGCUUUAAAAACUCACAGUUUGCAUGUCAGUCAAUGGGAAAAAGUGUUAGAAGAGGCGCUGCACUCCAUACGCAGUUUGCUUUGUACUGGCACAAACGCUACUCCACAUGAGAGGAUGUUCAACCACAUGAGGAAAUCCUUUUAUGGCCAAUCCUUACCCAUGUGGCUCUCAGCACUAGGAACUGUAUUGCUGAAGAAGUUCAACAAUGUCAGCAAGUAUUCACCUGCAGUAGAAGUGGUGGAUUUAGUCAAUGCCGGUCCUCAAUACGCCAGAAUCCGUUCAAGAGAUGGCAGAGAAUCAACCGUUUCCUUGAGGCACCUGGCUCCUUACGGGAACGAUAACGGAUCGCCCAUAGAUCAUGAAACAGACAUUGAUCAAGUUCAAGAACCUGAUGAUCCAUCAAAUCAAUCAACCUCUCAACCAAAUGGAAGUAUACAAACGGCUCAAAAGCAGCGACCUUGUCGAGAACGCAGUCCACCUGACUUCUACACCGUCUGA